AUGUUGUUAUUAUUAUCCUCCCGCCUGCCCGCGCCUCUCCUCUCCUCUCCGCUCCGCUCCGCUUGUCUCCGGCGCGCUCGGCUCAGAAUGGCCAGAUUCACGCAGAGUGAAGCGAGGCGGCAGCAGCAACAGCAGCAGCAGCAGCAGACUCCCCCGCAGCCCGCCCACGCCAGCGCGCUCCUCGGCGCGUCACCCGCAGCACUGUCAGCAGCCCCGAGCCCGCAGCACGCGCACCUCGCGCUCCCCAAGCCCAUGAGCGGCCCCGAGUCCGGCUCCGUGAUCCACGCCGACGGCGGCGGCGCCAUGAAGGACCAGGACGCCAUCAAGCUCUUCGUGGGCCAGAUACCGCGCAACCUCGAAGAGAAGGACCUCAAACCACUGUUCGAGCAGUUCGGCAAGAUCCACGAGCUCACCGUGCUGAAGGACCGUUACACCGGCAUGCACAAAGGCUGCGCGUUCCUCACCUACUGCGCUCGUGAGUCAGCCAUCAAAGCCCAGAAUGCACUGCACGAACAGAAAACUCUGCCAGGGAUGACACGGCCUAUUCAGGUUAAACCAGCUGACAGCGAGAGUCGUGGAGAGGACAGGAAGCUGUUUGUUGGCAUGCUGAACAAGCAGCAGACGGAGGAAGAUGUGUACCGCCUUUUCGAGCCUUAUGGAGUGAUUGAAGAGUGCACCGUGCUGAGGGGUCCUGAUGGAAACAGCAAAGGAUGUGCCUUUGUUAAGUUCUCCACACACACCGAGGCUCAGUCAGCAAUCAGUGGCCUCCACGGGAGCCAGACCAUGCCUGGAGCAUCCUCCAGUCUGGUAGUGAAGUUCGCAGACACUGAUAAGGAGAGGACCAUCCGCCGCAUGCAACAGAUGGUCGGCCAGUUUGGCAUCUUCAACCCUGCUGUGGCUCUGCCAUUCAGCACAUACAGCAGCACUUACAGCACCUACACACACGCUUUGAUGCAGCAGCAGGCGGCCAUAAUGGCUGCGUCUCACGGUGGCUACCUGGCCCCCAGCAUGGCAUUUCCGGCUACACAGAUCCACCAGGUGGGGGCGAUCAACAUGAACGGCUUGCCGCCCACUCCCAUGACUCCAGUGUCAGGACUGAGUUCUCCCCCUGCUAACCUGGCAUCCUCGGCCGUGCCCAGCAUAGUGACACCCAUCGUUAAUGGCUUCACUGGCAUCCCACCACAGCCCAACGGGCAUCCGGUGGAGGCGGUCUAUGCCAACGGCCUGCCGCCCUACUCCACCCAGAGCCCCACUGCCGCCGACACACUUCAGCAGGCUUUCACUGGUGUCCAACAGUACACAGCCAUUUACCCCACCACCACACUGACCCCUAUAGGCCAGACACUGCCACAGCCGCCUCAGGUCAUUCAGCAGCAGCAACAGCAGAGAGAAGGUCCGGAGGGCUGUAAUCUCUUCAUCUACCACCUGCCACAAGAGUUUGGCGAUAACGAAUUGAUGCAGAUGUUUCUGCCUUUCGGCUCCGUCAUCUCCUCCAAAGUGUUUAUGGAUCGAGCGACCAACCAGAGCAAGUGUUUUGGCUUUGUGAGCUUCGAUAACCCUGGCAGUGCCCAGGCAGCCAUCCAGGCCAUGAACGGCUUCCAGAUCGGCAUGAAGCGCUUGAAAGUGCAGCUCAAAAGGCCAAAGGAUGCCAGCCGCCCCUACUGACCCUCACCCACAACAUAUUCACACACCCACACAUAGCUGACAGCACAGGUUUUGAACAGUCUCGACAUCUGCACCAGAUGGAAAACUUUACUUGCAAAACCAACACGGAAAAGUGACCAACUCGAAGAAAAUGUAAAAAAAAAAUAAAUAAAUGAAGAAGAAGAAAAAAAUGCAGAAUUAAAUAAAUGCAGCUUACAAAUAAGUACAUGAUUUUUUUUUUUUAAGGGAAAAAAACAUAUCAGAUUUGACUUUGUGUGAACACUACGGCGAUGAGAAGUUUAGGGAACAACGUGACAGGGAACGUCAGGAGGACUGAAGCCAGCAAAGAGAAAGCCAAACAGGACAAAAAACUUUUCCUUGGAAAAAAAAAAAAAAUACACAGAGAGAAAGAGGAAGCUGUUUGAAAGACAGAUUUUGGAUUGAUGCUGAAGAAGCCACCGUUUUCACAAGGAAUAAAGCGACACCCGUGGCUUUUCCUUCUAUGGACUAAUGAGGGUUUAAUCUCCAAGGUAUAAAAAAAAGAAGCAUUUCGUCAUUUUGGCGGAUGUAAGAAUUCUCUCUGUAUCUCUUUCUCUCUUUUUUCUGCAGAGCUCUUGUAUAUGGCUCAUUAGAGGUUCCACAGAAGCAGUAUCGUUGCAAAUCUCUCGCUUUCUUUUCCUCUCUUUUAAUCCCCUCCCCCCUCUCUCUCUCUCUCUUUUUCUCUCUUUCUCUUUCUCUCUCACCCAUGGCCCCUUUGGGGUCCAGAGGACCAAAUCUUUUUAAUCUCUAUCUAUAGUAACGUUCAAUAUUAUCACUGAUUAUCUUAUGAUACAGGAUAUUGCGUAAAAAUAUUACAAUUAAGAGUUAGCGAAAAAUACU